AUGGAGGCCAGACCAUCGUGGGAAAUUUCUCCAGGCCAAAAAUUUUCGUUGGGUGUAUCACAAGUCGACAACGGGAUAAACUUUGUUUUUUUUUCACAACAUGCAACUGCUGUCACACUUUGUUUGGUCCUUCCUGAAAGGGAAAGCAUUGACACACUGGAUGGUGGUAUGAUAGAACUGGCUUUGGACCCUCAUUUAAACAAAACAGGGGACAUUUGGCACAUAUGUAUUGAGGAUCUCCCUAGGAGCAAUGUUCUGUAUGGGUAUCGGAUAGAUGGAUCUCAAGACUGGGGAAAGGGGCAUCGAUAUGACAGAAGCAUUGUGCUUGUUGAUCCUUAUACAAAACUAGUUGAAGGUCGGAGAUAUUUUGGGGAUACUAGCAAGAAGUUGUCUAAGUUUCUGGGCACAUAUGAUUUUGACAACUUGCCUUUUGACUGGGGACAGAAUUAUAAGCUUCCAAAUAUUGCUGAGAAAGAUCUUGUUAUAUAUGAGAUGAAUGUCAGUGCAUUUACAAUGGAUGAAUCUAGUGGGUUGGAUAACAAUAUUCGUGGAAGAUAUCUUGGCGUGAUUGAGAAGAUCCCACAUCUUCUAGAGCUUGGUAUCAAUGCAGUAGAGUUGCUGCCUAUCUUUGAGUUUGAUGAGUUGGAAUUGCAGAGGCGUCCAAGUCCUAGAGAUCACAUGAUUAAUACGGGGGGUUAUUCAACAAUAAAUUUCUUUGCUCCUAUGAGUCGCUAUGCUAGUGCUGGAGGAGGACCAGCUAAUGCUUCCCAAGAGUUCAAGCAAAUGGUUAAAGCCUUCCAUUAUGCUAACAUAGAGGUUGUUUUAGAUGUUGUCUACAAUCAUACUAAUGAGGCUGAUGACCCCAAUCCUUACACUACUUCAUUUCAUGGCAUAGAUAAUAAGGUUUAUUACAUGAUGGACGACAAAGGACAAUUGCUGAACUUUUCUGACUGUGGAAACACAUUGAAUUGUAACCAUCCUGUGGUCAUGGAGCUAAUUCUUGACAGCCUAAGACAUUGGGUCACUGAGUAG